AUGGUGUAUCGAGGACGGCCGAGCACAGGAUGUAAAACUUGUCGGCAGCGGAAGAUCAAAUGUGACGAGAGACCAGAAGGGUGUGUCAAAUGCGCGGACAAGGGUUACCAGUGCCCCGGGUAUGAGCAAACAAUCGACCGCCUCUUCCAAGAUGAAUCCGCCGCCGUUGAACGCAAAGCUCACAAAGCCAAAGCCAAAGCCCUUGUUGCUCGCGACGAACGGGAAAAGGCCGAGAAAGCUCGACGCGCCGUUGUUCGAAUGCAGGAUGCGAUCGGUAUACCCUUGCUCUGUCCCCUCAUCGACAGAGGUAUCUCUUUCUUCAUGAUGAACUAUGCAGCCGGAAUAGAUCAGCCACCGAUUUCAUCCGCGGCGUACAACCAGCAUCUUAAUACGUAUGGCUUCCACCCCGUGGUGGCUACGACCAUGACGGCACUUGGACUCGCGGGUGCGGCCAACCUCUUUAUGGAUAGUGGAUUGAAGAGAGAGGCUACCGCGUGGUAUCUCGAUGCACUCAAGAUGACGAACAAGGCGCUUACCAAGCCUUCCGAGGCGAAAUCAGACAACACUCUAUUAGCAACUAUGCUGCUGAGUGUUUUCGAAUCCACUCAUAAUGAGUACUCAUUCCAUGGCUGGCUGCAACACGUCCAAGGAUCCUCGUCCCUUGUACGAAUGCGCGGCCUCGCUCAGUUUCAGACGCCAGCCGGUCGCAGGAUGUAUAUGCAGACGAUCGGCUUGCUCGCAAUGAAAUGUAUGGGCAUGGGCAUCGCGCUUCCGCAAUUUGUCCAUGGCAUGAACAAAGAGGUAGAAAAAUGGGAAGACAGUCGCGACCCCGGGAAUCGAUUCUUCCGUGUUCACAUCAAAGCGAUAGACUUCCGAGCAUACAUAUUGAAUCAUCAAGUCACGGAUCUACGAACCAUAGUCGACCGCGCUAUAGAAAUUGACGAAGAAGCGAAGAAAGUAUUCGAGGUCGCGGGUGCAGAUUGGGAUUAUCUGGUCGAGACUUGCGAUGAAGGCACACCUGGUGUGUUUGGCACAGAGUACCAUAUAUAUCCACAUCUUGCCUCGGCGCAAACGUGGAAUUGGCUACGCUACAUUCGGAUAUACAUCCACGACAUCCUCCGCAAUGCUCUCAUCGCGGGCUUCAGCUCUACACCACCGGUCUUCGUCGGGAAGAAGUACAUGGCGCUUCUCACCGAGUCCACCGAAACACUGUAUAAGAUGCAAUCAGACAUAUUUGCCAGCAUGCCUCAGUAUCUACACGACACGCCCAAAGUCCCACCAACCUGGUGCGACUACACACACACAUGGGCGCCCCAAUCCACACGUGAAGGCCUUACACCCCCCAGUACCGGUACUACACCUUCUGCAUACACACUCUCCCCUUCGCCCACCAAAACUGCAAUGGGAGCCACUAGAUGGGGCAUUCCCGCAAGACCCACGAGUCCAUCAGGAAGUCCAAAGACCUUCAUCUCGAAUUUCCGCGAAAACAAGACCUCCAGCACAGUUCCUGAGUUUCGCACUCCCGCAACAGCAAACGAGCAACUACCCGUCAUACGCGUUAGUGGCGGUUACUCCUCUCUCUGGGCCCUCUACAUUGCGGGCUCGACCCCCAUCGCCUCGCCCGAAGCGCACGCCUUUGUGCUGCGCUCGCUCGAAAGAGUCGCGACUGAGUUUGGAAUCAAUCAAGCGAGGGUAUUUGCUAGCGCAUUAAGGACGAAGAUAGAGUUAGAGAGGACGGGCAUAAGUAAAAUGGCCGAAGAGGAGAUGAUGAAUGGGUGGGAUGGUGGGUGGUAUGCGGCGUUGGGCGAUAAGCAGAAGGUCACUAUUAGGAAUUCGGCGUUGAGAGGGGGAGAGCUUGGGAUUGCGCCGGUUUACAUGCCGAGGGUUGGGCCGCACGUUGAGGAUUGA